AUGCUCCUCCGCUGCAGAGGGCCAGACGGCAUGUUCCGGUUCAAUGUCGAACCGACGACUACCUUUGGCGAACUCGUGCAGAAGAUGGUACAGGAACUCCCGAAACCUGUGGAUCUCUCGACUGUCAAAGUGUCCAGCUCCCCAGCCAAGGACUUCAAGGACAUUCGAGAGGUGGCCAAGUUCAAGGUCGGGUCGGUGGGCAUGAAACACGGCGACUGCCUCUUUGUGAACUACACCCACGCCGACGAGGCGGAGAGAGCAACGGAUGGCGAUUCGAAAGCGACGACGACGGCCCGCCUCAACGGCAAGCCCGUGCUCCCGACCGAAGACGCCCCCAUCAGCGCCAAACCCGAGCGAAUCUCGAGACCGUGGGAGGUUGUCCGACAGUCAGAGCUCGACAACCGGCUAGACCGACAAGAUGGCAAGAUCCCGCGGGGCAAGGGACGGAUGUGCCGUCAUGGGCCAAAGGGCAUGUGCGACUACUGCCAGCCUCUCGACCCCUUUGACGCCAGCUACCUGGAAGAGAAGAAGAUCAAGUACACGUCGUUCCACUCGCACCUGCGGAAAGUCAACGCGGCAACAAAUAAGCCUGAACUUGGAGCAUCCUAUAUACCGCCUCUGGUAGAGCCGUUCUUCAGGGUAAAGCAUGACUGCCCGUCUGGCCAUGCACCCUGGCCCGAAGGUAUCUGCACCAAAUGUCAGCCGAGUGCGAUCACGCUGCAGCCGCAGACCUUCCGCAUGGUGGACCACGUCGAGUUCUCGUCACCUACGAUCGUCGACAAUUUCAUCGACACAUGGAGGAAGACGGGCGCGCAACGACUGGGCUUGUUGUACGGAAGGUACGAGGAGUACACCGAGGUGCCCUUGGGCGUGAAGGCUGUGGUGGAGGCAAUCUAUGAGCCACCGCAGAUUGACGAGAUGGACGGGAUCACACAAAACGUCUGGGAGAACCAGAAAGACGUGACAGAGGUUGCCAAGAUGUGCGGCCUCGAGCCAGUCGGUGUUAUCUGGACUGACUUACUGGACGCGGGGCGAGGAGACGGAUCGGUGGUUUGCAAGCGCCAUGCGGACUCUUACUUUUUGUCGUCGCUGGAAAUCUGCUUCUCGUCGCGAUUGCAAGCGCAGCAUCCCAAGCCAUCCAAGUGGAGUGACACGGGGAGAUUCGGCAGCAACUUUGUCACGUGCAUCAUCACAGGCGACGAAGAGGGUCAAAUCUCGAUAUCAUCCUACCAAAUGGCCAACUCGGCGGUGGAGAUGGUCCGUGCCGAUAUCGUCGAGCCUUCAGCGGACCCCAACGUCAUGCUCGUGCGGCCAGAGGAAGAGGAUGAUGGUUCGGUCAGUCGCACGCGGUACAUUCCCGAAGUCUUCUACCGGCGCGUGAAUGAGUACGGCGCCAGCGUACAGGAGAACGCCAAGCCAUCCUUCCCCGUCGAAUAUCUCUUCGUCACACUAACCCACGGCUUCCCGGCGCAGCCCAAGCCCAUGUUCACGCAGACAGGCUUCCCCAUUGAGAACCGCGAGUACAUUGGCGAGAGCCAGGAGACCCUCGCUGCCAGAAAGGCCCUCAAACUUGGCGCUGGACAGACACCUGAUAAGCAGGGACAGGAGGUGUCCAAUUUCCAUCUCCUGUGCUUCAUCUUGCAGAUGGGUAUUCUUUCCAAGGCCGAGGCUGCCUUGCUCUGCCGCGUGGCCAGCCAGCACGACCUCGGCGAAGCAGCGCAGCUACGGGCCACCGAGGGCUGGCAGAACAUGCAGGCCAUUCUAUCCACGACCGGUGAGCGACCCCCCAAGCGUCCGCGCGACCCACACAACCCCUCCACUGCCGCUGUUGCUUCUUUGUCCCGCGAUCAUGGAGGUGAACCGCCUACUAAACGAUUUGCUGCGUUCAGGCUGAAUGAGAAAGAGUUCUUCGGAGGCGGGGGGAAGACUUAG